GUCAAAAUUCAAAACAGUCGAUUCCGCCGAUUCUUGCAAUAGAUCCGUUUGGAUUGUUUAAUUUGGCUGAUUAUCAAUUGCGACGGUUGUUUUCCAUUUUUAGUUCUAAUAUUUACGUUGAUCUCUCAUAACAUGACGCUUGUUAUAACGCAGGAGAUGCUGGAUAAAUUGAGUCACGAAAUCCAGGAGAUUCGCAUACGAACACUACACGACAUCGAAAAUAAAGUAAAACGUAGUUUUUGGGAACGUCUAGAUCUUAAAUUUAAACCUACAUCACUAGUGAAGCAUCUCAUCCGCUGGUUCGGAAAUGUUCCCAUUAAGGAAGAAACGGCAGUGCUGGAACUGUUAUCCCUACUAUUGAAGAGCAAACAUGGAUUCAACAUCGUCAAUCACUUUAGCAGCACCCGUCUGGUGAAAGAAUUAGGUAAAAUCAAGUACCUGAUUGGCUCCAAUCCGGCACUAGCCGAGUUGGUGGAUAAUGUUAUUCAACAAGUGCACAAUGUUACAGAAUCGGAUAGUAUUAGAAUCGAUCCAGAAAGUAUUACUGAAAGCCUUACCAGUUUGAAAAUAGAUUAUGUAGAUCUGACAGACUCUCCCAGGGUGAGCACAGGUUCGAAUCAAAUGCAUGUCGAACGAAGUCCGAACUAUUACACAAAAUGUUGGGAAGUUCCUUUGCAUUCAGAUUCCAACACUUUAAAAGAAUUGAAUGCAUCCUUGCACCCAGAAGGUGAUGAGAAGGAUAUUCAUCACGCCUACAGUUAUUUAGUGCCUUCCAUAAAUGACUAUCCACCCGAGUUCUUUUUACAACCUCCGUACAUAUUUCAUUCACUCAUAAAAUUGCUGGAGGCUAGAAAGGCAAGCAUACAAACCACCAUUGAAAUGUUCCAUCGACUAACGGUGUCAAUUCAGAAGAGAUUAAAAUCACUACAAUUGACCAGUAUGAACAUUUUCCAAAACCCAAAAUAUCAAUCUUGUCAAGGAGAGAACGUUCAAAUUUCCGUUCCCGCUUUCGUAUAUGAGAUUUUUUUACUUGGAAUUGUUUGUCUAAAAGAAGUUUUCAACGAUCCCGAUCUUCAGGAUUCGAACAAAAUUUUUAAUUUGUUUCACGAACUUAUUGAAUUGGGCUCCUACCAGUCGCUAGAGGAGUAUCAGUUUCGUGAAAUUCGGCACGAACUGGGUUACCUUGCUAAACACUUUCGUCAGCACUGGGAAGCAAACUCCAAGUGUUUUGCCACCAGGACAAAAUACCUAGUAACAAUCAAUAUCAUGUCCACGUUCCUUCAACAUUUCAAUCAAACGGAAAACGCCGAGUCUACUAUUGCGAAUGAUACUUGCUUUCCUCACAAACCACACUACGAUCCAGCGGAAUUUGAAACGAUGAACUCCACCAACCACCAGAGACUGCUGGAAGCCAAUGACCAAAGUUGGCUUCACGAAUUGCAGAUAGCGGCUCUGGAUUACCCCAUGAAGCAUAUUUAUCCUUCAGUCUACGAACCCGUGCUGCACCAGGUACUAAAAAUGAACAACCGAAAGCUGCAAAUUCUGCUUAGUGCAGAUGAAAUAUUCACUCCGGCUGUGUCCAUCCUUCGGCAACCAGCGGCCUUGUCCGACGAACAGUUGAUUCUCGUCGGUUUGGAAGCGAUCGAUACGUUGUAUCUGCAUCGCUCCGUUGAGCUGGUGAAGCUGAUAAUUAAAGCUGUUGGCAACUGUCACUGCUACUUCGAAGGAAAUGCGAAAUUGCGGGAAGCAGCCGAGAAACUUGUGCUACGGUUGCUUUCCCAUGCGGAUCAGCUCGUUAAAAGUACUGCGUACGAUCAGUGCAAUAGCGUGAUUAAAGAUUUCAUCAGCUCACUGGAUGAGGGAGCUAUUCUGACACAUCGUCGAAGUUUCCCCAAAAUGGAGGGCAAACUUCAAUCGCUGGGUAUUCCGCUGACGGUGGAAAUUCUCGUCGAAGUUAUCUGCUUUGGAUACUGCAGCUCCAACAAAAAGAUUCAACAGCAAGCUGAAACUAUCCUUCUCUUUGUACUGAAUUCACGGACAUUCCUCUUAGAUCGGUGGACCGAUUUACUGGACAUCAUACUUCCUACACUGCCGCUACUUCAAACAGUAGCCAUCAUUAAAAAACAUUCCACACUCUCCCGUGCCAUCGUCGCUCUGCUCCAUCCAGAUUCUGAACUUCCUGUGGUAGAUCUGAUUCGAGGAAACUUGCGCUUUCUUUUCCAAGACGACAGUGACCUUCGGGAAGAAGCGCUAACACGCGUGCUUUUCUUAAUAAGUAGCAUCAAUAAUAAUCAGCAUUAUUCGCCCAACAUCGACCACAUUCGUGACACCAUUUCCAAUGCGAUAUGUUUGGUGAAAUCCAAAUACGACGUAGCAAAGCAUCUAUCAAGCGAUGUAUAUGAGCUGAGUGCUAUCAAACCUCUACUCGAUACACUGGAACAGAAUAAUUGUGAUCCAGCGAUCCGACGCAGUGCUCUUAUCCAGCUGAACUUGAUGGCUGAAGAUCCGUGUCUUUGUGAGAUCAUUCAUAAAGCUAACGGGUGGGCAUUUGUGUUGCAAGCUCUGGACAAUGCCCUACGAGAGGAACAUUUUCUUGACUAUCCGGACAGCGCAGUGCCCGCGAUCGGUAUACUCACCAAAUUGUGCUUCUCGAUUCCCGAAUUCAGCCGGUUUUUUGCGGACAAUAUUAACGUGUUCAAUUUGGUAAUACGAGCCCUGCUUAUGCAUCACCAUUUACCAGUUUUCAAACCAGACUGCUGUUCACUGCUCUUUUUACUUUUGUUCAGUGGUUACACCUCAGGUUGUGGGAAGGCAGUUUCUCUUCCGGUAAUAUGCAAUAACUACAGCAUCCCGUUCGUAUGCGAAUUUCACUGGAAGUGCAGUCCGUUCAAUGAAAUGAGCUUUUUAGAGGAGAUGUUUGCAGAAAGAAAUGAUGGUGCCGAAAAAAUGGAGAUUCCCGGAAUUGGUACGGAAACAGACAACAGUAUUCUUAAAUCGAACAGAAGUUGUGGAAUCGAAUGUGCGACGUCUUGGAAUAAAAACAACGGCGUUGUUGUCAAUGAGAGUUUAAAUUCACCCCACGAAAACUUCGAAAGUUUGCAAAACUACCGCCAAGUUGCAUGGCGAUAUCUUCGACUAGCAUUCGCCUGCCAGUGGUUCGAUGCCUUCGAAAACAUUCUAGUGAACGCGAAAAAGUGUCGGCAGUCUUCCAGAGCUGAUAAGGAGCAGGUCAUAGAUUAUAGCAUCCUACCUCCGCAUCUGAUGGCCACAAAACAAAAUGGCGAAGGAGAGGUAAUAGAUCUGGUUGACAACAGUCUUGAUUUCAAUCAUUCUCUGAAAUUAACUCACACGGAUAUAAAUAUGAUUAAAACUUCCCACGUGGAUGAAAUUUUUCGAAACAGUCUGAAGAAUAUAGCGGCCGCUUCCUCCCACGCGGAGGUAUCUGUUGGACUGUCUGGAUUGGAGAGUAAUUUGAUUCUACCGAUGCAGGAGCAAAUUAUGCAUAACUCGAUCGUAAAACAUUUGAAGAAGUUUAUUCUCACGGCUCCAAAUACACCGGCCGAUGAAAAAUUGCUAGUAGACGUAAUCGGUCUGCUGGGUGAUCUGAUUCAAAUCGGUUACGAAAACGUACUGGUCUGGAUCGUUACUUUACUCUUCGAACAGACGAGUAUCUUCAUCCAGCUGUUGAAAUCUGACACUUGUUCUGGUGAUUUAUUCAUGAAAAACGCCGAUUUCAUCAAAAUUACACUACAGGAGGCACUGUCCUGUGACAAUCCGAACGUAACAUGUUUGCUGGUCAACGAUGAAACCUAUCAGAUAAAGAUAAAACGGGAACACAAUUUCAACCUGCUGAAUAAGCUUUUCGAGAUAAUAAUCAACCGACUAGAUGUCGACCUUCAAAAGUGUGACCUUAUGCGUAUUCUAUCUUUGGUAGGUUUAGCACGAGUUGUCAUACACAGCGGCCUGGUCGAUUUCGACAAUAAAUUCCUGAACCACGUAGUCAACAAACUUUGCUCCUACAUAAACUUGAUUCGAUCGAUCACUUAUUCGGGCUCGACGAUCACAAAAAACUGCUUGCUCAUCAUGUCAUUCAUGCUGGAUCAAAUGAAAGAAACACACCUCAAAUCGAAGCACUACAAAGUGAUAGCAUUGCAGUGCAGUCAUACCAGCGCACUGAUUCGUUCCUGCGCGUGGAAUGUCCUAGCUAAAAUGGCCAAGUCCCUUUCGGGAGCUCAUUCAAUCAUCAAAGAAUGUGGCUAUCUUCCAGGUGGGAUUCAUGCCUGUUGCACUACCACAAUACUCGACCCGGAGGAAGCUAGUAUCGUCAAAGAGUCCGCAACAGGCCUGCUUGUGAAUCUACUCUCCCACCGGACUGAAAAAGGUGGCCCGUUGCAUAAAUUCAUGCUUCCAUACGACAAGGGCAGUCAUAGCCAGCUGGAUGGAGAUCCGCUGGAAACAGUACUAGCGAUUAUGAAAAAGCAUCGUUUUUUCGAACUUGCGCUGGAGUCUCUUCAAAAUUUUACCACUCGUGACGACAAGACUGUGGAUGAAUACAACGGUGUGCAAAUGAUCACCUGUGAUGUGGUGAAAAGCUACAGCAUGGUUUUCAGUUGUCUGUUGGAGUUGAAACCGGAACUGAUGGAGUUUUUGGUGGAAAAGUGCUGCCUACAACGUUUGAUGAACUGUGUAUCGAACGUUCCUCUUCAUCCAAGUCGGUCAGCUCUCAGGAUGGUAUCUGAGAUUUGUAAUCUAUUUCUAAGAUGUUUAAAGAUAAACAAAGAUGAGAUCUGUGAACUCAUCGCACCAUACCAGGCCGUCAUUGGUGGUAUUAUUUAUCUUCUGAACGCUAGUUUAUACAGCGAAUGCGACGAAGACGUCUUCUGUGAAGUAACUAGCAACAUUAUGAACCUGCUGAAUGUUCUUAGCAUGCAUAAAAUCGGCAAUCAGCUUAUCAGAUGUGUUUUGUCCGAGCUGCGACUAGAGCCACUGGUGCGGUUGAUUGUACAAGGGGUUUCACGAAAUAUACGAAAAGACUACCAAAUCACCUGCCUUCGGUUUCUCACUGUGUUAGUUCUCGAGUCCGGCGUAAAUACGGUUUCAAUUUCGGAGUUCACAUCAUUCCUUGGUUUACUGGAAACUGUGCAGUUAGAUUCGAAUGAAGACACCGAGCCGAUCCGACCGGCUUCGGGCGAAGCCCUGUGCAUCAAAUCACUAGAAAGGCAUGAUAACGGAUUCUCAUCCGAUGACGAUCAGGAGAACCACGAUCCAAAUAGUGGGAAGUACAUCCGCCCUGCCAGCAGGAAAAGCAGAAUCGGGACAUAUACAACAGGUGCGGAGCGGAUAUUCGCCUCACUUAUAGAACAGUUUCAGAUCGUUUGUGCCAAAGACAAACCAGAGAAUGGAGCUUUAAUUUCCACGUUGCAGAAACGAACACUGUACUCCGCCAUUCAAGUGAUGCUUCGGCAGUCGGAGAAAGCGAGACAGGUUGCACGUCGUACCAAAUUCCUAGAUAUACUGAUCGAUCGGCUGGAAUGUAUCUAUAGCGGGGUUGGACUCAGCUAUCAAGAUUUCGUUAGGAAAAACGGAGACAGCAAAAAAGCGCCUAUCGUGGAAGAAUUUUCAUCUAUAGCCGGUAUGCUGUCCUCGUGGUUUCAAAACGACAUUCUCGUACAUCAAUCAAACAUCACCCGCAUAUGCAAAAUGUUCCUUCAGUUAUGGCCCUGGAUUAGCAACAACCGAGACAUGGAGAACGAGUUCAUGAAAGCACUGGUAGGCUUGACGGAGAAGUCAUUGAUUGUUUGCCGAAGCUUACCCAUAACAUACCCCGGACAUCCACAUUCUAUACUAAAGUUAACGAUUGCUAUUGCCACUGCCGAGACAGGCAAAGUGAAGGGACCAAAAUACGAACUCACUUUGCUUAGCCUUUGUCUUAGAAUAUUGAUAAACUGUUCCUCGUGCCAAGAGGGUCGUACAAUGAUAGCUAAAUUCAACGUGUUAGACAACAUUAGCAAAUUGCAUCCCAUAGUGACGAAACUGCAAAAACCGUGGAUUACGGUCACGAAACUUUGGUUGGAGUUUUGGGAAACCUACACCCGACACAACGACGUUACGACUGUUAAAAACCUCACCGUGCUAGGAGCACUCAUUAGAAAAUCAACACCUGAACUUCGCCGCCUAUCGCUGGAAAUCAUGCGCAAUAUGUCGUUUGUGGCAGUCAACCGACCAGUUCUACUUGCUUCCAGCGACUACAUGUACGCACUGAAAACCGUUCUGGAUGGGACGGAAACGACUGAACAGUUGAUUGUGAUUUGCUCCAUUUGGAAGGUGAUUGCCAACAAUCACAAAGGUAAGAGCGCAAUCAAAAGUAGCCCCAUUCCAAGGAGACUGAAUGCGUUGCUCAAGCAACGGUCUUUGCUACAACGAUGCGAGGAUGAUGAUCUUUAUAACAUUUUAAGUGUUGUGGUUAAGUUAUUGCAAGCAUAGCUAGGUUAUUAGGUUCGUUCGGCUUUUAUUUACGUUUUUCUUAUGAAACAAUACAAUUGAACAUUUUGUUAGAUGAACAGCGAA